UAAAUAAAUUAAUUUGAUUUUUUUUAAUGAAAUUAAAAAAAAAUGGUGGAAUAAGAGAAGUUUUAUAUAAAUAUAGAUGAGAUUCCAAAACAUUCUGGUCAAGCUGGUUUUUUAACUUCGCUUUGAUGUUUUUAAGAAUAACAAACUUCCAAAGUUACACCAUUUUUUUUUAAAAACACUCUCUGUUUGAAAUUCUUUGGUUGCAAACCAAUCUGCUCUAAAAGAUUCCGGUUGGAAACCCCCAAUCAAAACAUGAACAUGUUACUUUAGUUGAUUUUUUUGUUUUUGGAUUUUCAUUCUUGUUAAUCAUCCAAGAACUAUUCAAGUUCAAUGUUGAAGAGGAAUUUGGAUUGAAAAAACAAAAUUUUCUUCAUUUUUUGAGUUCUUGAAAAGUGUUGGAUAAUCAUGGCUGUGGAAGAGACAGGAAGAGAGACAGUAGAAGAGAUAAACCCAGAAAAGGAAUCAAAAUCCGGGGUGGUGAUGAGAAGUGAAUCACUGAAUGAUCAGCCAUCACCAAGAGGUGUACUGGAGAUUCCAGUCCUGGGAUCAGACUCUGAUGCCAGUAGUUGCAGCAGCAAUUCUAGCUCCUAUUCUCCAAAGAAGCCUGUUUUUCAGAAAGGGAACCGAGAUUCCUAUGGUUUACAAUGGAAGAAUAUAAUUGAAAAUAUUAAGAAGAAAUCAGCCAGAAGUUUCUCUAUUAUUCCUUUGCUAUCAAGUUACGAGAUUUCCAGGAAGAACUUGAGGAGGAAAUUGGCAAAACUUCAUGGCUCUGAGGAAGAAGAUGUUGAUAUUGACUGCAUAACCGUGUCCAAACCAUCAUGGAAGAAUUUUUCUUACUCAGAGCUUGCUGCUGCUACUGAAAAUUUCAGUCCUGAGAAUUUGCUCGGAAAAGGAGGCCAUGCGGAGGUAUACAAAGGGCGGUUAUCUGAUGGUCAAAUUGUAGCAGUGAAGAAGCUAAUGAGGAAUAAGAAGGAAGAAGAGGAUAGAGCCAGUGAUUUCUUGUCAGAACUUGGGAUUAUUGCUCACAUUAAUCACCCAAAUGCAGCUCACUUAAUCGGAUUCAGUAUUGAUGGAGGCUUGCACUUAGUCCUUCAGUUUUCCCCUCAUGGCAGCCUUACCUCUGUGCUUUUUGGUUCACCUGAGUGUCUAGAUUGGAAGACAAGGUUCAAGGUAGCAAUUGGGAUAGCAGAGGGAUUGAAAUAUCUCCAUCAUGACUGUCACAGGCGCAUUAUACACAGAGACAUCAAAGCCUCCAACAUAUUGCUCACCCAAGAUUAUGAAGCUCAGAUCUCAGAUUUUGGUCUGGCAAAGUGGCUACCAGAAAAUUGGCCUCACCAUGUCGUCCAUCCCAUUGAAGGAACAUUCGGGUAUUUAGCUCCAGAGUAUUUUAUGCAUGGAAUUGUUGAUGAAAAGACUGAUGUAUUCUCAUUUGGAGUUUUAUUACUGGAGAUCUUAACAGGUCGCCGUGCAGUCGAUUCGUCCAGACAAAGCCUUGUGAUUUGGGCAAAACCACUUCUGGAAUCAAAUAGCGUAAAGGAAUUGGUAGAUCCUCGACUAGAAGACAAUUAUGAUCCAACUGCAAUGAAACGUGCUAUGUUAACAGCUUCCAUGUGCAUUAAUCACUUAGCAAGCAUGCGUCCAAGCAUGAUAAGGGUUACAGAGUUGCUUAAGAAUGAAGAUGGUCUUGCAGAGUUUCAGCAGAAGACUUUUGGAGGGAAAGCAGUAAUUGUAGACGGUUGUGACUUGCAAGAUUAUACUCGAACCAGCUACCUAAAUGAUUUAAAUCGUCAUAUGCAGCUGGUUAUGGAGUAAUGGCUUUAGCUGUGUUGUGUGAAAAUUGGAGCAAUAUAGCCCUGCAGGGUGUGGUUGAUAAAAUCCAUGAAAUGAAUUUGAGUGUCUUUUCUUCAGCUAAUUUUCAGCUUCCUAUUAUUUCCUAAUCCAAAGGGUGGGUUGCCAUACAUCUCUGAAGAAGAUUGAGAAACUGGCAUCAAUGUACACAGCCAUUGGUGUGAAGAAACUAAAGGAAAAUUAGAAAUCAGAUGCCAUUGGGUUAAUAUUAUGCUGAAAUUUACAAAAGCAAGAAAAUUUUUUGUCAAAAAAAAUUAUGCUUUUCAUAGAACCCAUCUGUAAAUUUAAACACAUAACAUAUAAGAUUGUUGCAGCAAACAU